CGUAUAACUUACUCGAUUAACAGGUAUCAGUUUUUCAAAUAACUAAGACCAACUUGGGCUCGACUCGAACAUUAUUACCGCACAUUUUUCGCCUGUAUAGUAAAGUUCUCCAUAAAUUUAACAAAAUGUUCGCGAUAAUUAUGAUGUAAAUAUAACGAUCGCUAACGUCGUGUCGCUUAUUUAUCAUUAAUUUACGAUCAUUAGACGAGAGUAAGGCUUAUCAUAAAUUCUGUAAAUGUGCGCUCGGUGACCUAGAAAGACGACUAAAAGCUUAAAAUGCUCGAAAAUUUUUUCUCACUAGCAUGCCUCUUGAUUAUAGCAAUUUACUGGUCUCCAGAACCAUGCCAGGCCAAAAGCGUAGGUCAAAUGUUCAAGUUGGCCAAACUUAUACCAAAUAUGAUCGAAUCGGUUCCUAAUUCAACCUGCAGGGUAAGUUUUACGUAUUAUUGCGCCGCACCUCGUCCUGGACAAGAAAUCAGAGUCGAUAUGGCUUCGUUGAGAGCUCCCAAAGUCAGAUGGGAAGCUCGUAAAAAUCGUUGGUACACCAUGAUAAUGGCAAGUCCAGAUAUGCCAGACGUAGAUAAUUCAACUUAUUACCAAGAAUGGGAUGAAUGGGUGGUGGUUAACAUACCUCAACGAAAAUUAAGAAAAGGAAACGUCAUCAGGCCGUAUAAAAUCGGUCAAGAAGCUCGCAAUAAUGGACCAACUUAUUACGUUUUUCUGAUUUACGAACAACCCGAAUAUCUGUACUUUGUCGAAGAAGUCCAAGUCAUACCCGGUGUUCGAGACUGGAGAUCAUCCUGGUUCGUCUACAAAUAUAAUCUCACCGGUCCUGUAGCUGCCAAUUAUUAUAAAAUGGUUUAUCAGAGAUGGACAACCGUUCUGUACACGCCGAGACCCAAGAAAUUACAAUACAUCGGUAAUAAAUCCAGAUUCGGAGGUAAUUUCAGGAAAACUACGCAAGAUCCUUAUUAUUACGAAAGCGUGGAAUCUGGCGAAACGACCACCGAACCGACAACAUUGUUUACAUUCGAGCCAUGGAUUAAAAUUGAAACGUAAAUUUAAGCUUAUUUUUGUACUCGAGAGUUCGAAUUAUAUUUUGUAAGAAAAAUGUA